UGUAGUCCACCUCGACGGCAUGCAAAUUACCGAGCAACUCCAAUAUAUCGCAGAUUGGUUAACUACACAGAGCGCGCAUCGCGGCGCAAGAGCAGAGCACGGUGCGCGCUUCUGGUGAUUCCAAGUGGACUGUAAAGAAAACAAAGAAAGAUGAGAGAGCAGCCUGGCUUUAAGGUAUUUUGCUGUGCUUCCUCGAACCUGCAACUUAAUCAUAAUUAAUUCUGGGGAGGCUGUAAGACAGAAAGAAGGAGGAGGGCUGCGCUCAUCAUCCCGGGACCGGAGUGAAACCUUCUCCGCGCAUCGGAAUAAUUAGUGUGUGACAGCUGUGGAAGACCCACGUAAGACUGUUUGGACCCGAGAGGACGAGACAGAGAAGAGAAGACGGGGGAUUGACGGUGCCUGUGAAGUUUUCUCGUCUAUUUUUUUUUAAAGAGGAGCCUAAGAGAAACUGUUCCUCAAUGCGUCGGUUCCCCGCAUUUACUGAUGGACUGAGUGCGGUCACAUUUGGACUUGCCUUCUUCUUGUUGUUUUAGUCGAUAUUGCCGAACGAAAUGCUGCCGUGUAUCAUUUUCAUCAGCUUGUUUCUCACCGCAGCCCGAUCCCAAGAUAUCCAUCCCUCACAGGCAUCAUCCUCCAUUAGCGAGUCUUGUGACUCCUUGUGCUCCUGCGAGGGUAAAGACGGCGUCCUUCAUCUUAACUGUGAGCAGAGAAACGUCAGCAAAAUCUCCCAAAUCAAAGUCCCGUCAGGUGUGCCCUUCCACCUGAACCUUUACAAAAAUGACUUGGUUGAGCUCCGUGUCGAGGAAAUGGAAGGGCUUAAGAAUGCCCUUUCGCUACACAUCGGGGGUAAUAGCAUACAAGAGCUGGAGCCAGGGGUUUUUAGCACUCUGAGUUCACUGAAAAAACUCCACAUAAAUAGCAAUUUCCUUGUCGCUCUGAAAGAGGACACUUUUCAUGGCCUGGUGAAUUUGGAGUUUCUCCAAGCUGACACAAAUUUCAUCCGGGUCAUUGAACCGGGGGCCUUCAACAAACUGAUCCGCCUCAAGGUCCUCAUCCUCAACGAUAAUUCCAUUGAGUUUUUGCCCAGCAACAUUUUCCGCUUUGUGCCCCUCACUCACCUGGACUUACGUGGCAACAAGCUCCAGACGCUGCCUUAUGUGGGGUUUUUGGAGCACAUCGGACGAAUUAUGGAACUUCUCCUGGAGGACAACGAAUGGGUCUGUGACUGUGAUAUUCUGCAUUUAAAAAUCUGGAUGGAGAACAUGAGAGCACAGUCAGCGAUCGGGGAUGUGAUUUGCAGCACGCCACAGCACCUUAAGGGAACCAUUCUGGCUAAGGUCAAGCGGGACGUUCUCUGCCCGUCCCACGCAGAUAUUAACCUGGAGGAGCCGUCAAAGUCACUGGAUAUGGUUGUUACUCCCUCAUCCAAAGUGUCUCAGAUUCCCAAGCUGAUUAACGCCAAAGAUGACGCCAGGGCACCGACACCAUCUCACGUUCCUGGCAGCCCCUGUGUGGAACACUGUUCUUGUCACAAUCACCCUGUGGCUGGGUUUUUGAUGCAUUGUCAGGACAGAGGAAUUCAAAAGGUGUCCGAUAUCGGAAUACUUCAGCAAAGCCCCACUAAACUGGUAAUGACAGGAAAUAUGAUUCAGAAACUCUUGAAGUAUGAUUUUGUUACAUAUGAUAGUUUGGAACUGCUCAACUUGGCCAACAACAGAAUUGAUUAUGUCGAUAAUGAAACUUUCCUGAGCUUAAGCAGUUUGAAAAAGCUGUAUUUGAAUGGCAACCGGAUAGAAAAACUCUUCUCCACAAUGUUUGUGGGCCUCCACAACCUUGAGUACCUGUAUCUGGAAUACAACCUUAUCAAAGAGAUUGCUCCAGGCACAUUUAAUCCCCUGCCAAACCUGAAGCUGUUGUCAUUAAAUAACAACCUGCUCAGCUCUCUUCCAGCGCAGAUAUUUCGCAACGUGCCCCUCACCAAAUUAAACCUGAGGAAAAAUCUGCUUAUGCACCUGCCAGUGAGCAACGUACUUGAUCAACUCGACUCACUAGAGCAGAUUUAUUUAGAGGACAACCCCUGGGACUGCAGCUGUGACUUGCUCAGCCUCAAACAAUGGGUGGAGAAACUGAGAAAGGACACAGUGGUGGGCUCCAUUUUGUGUCACACCCCAAAGAAAGUGAUGCAGACUGAGCUAAGAAGCCUUCAUCAUGAGAUUCUAUGCCCCGGGUUAGGGACUUACUACCCUUUGCCCCCAGGUGGAGAGGAGAGUGUGACUGCCACGCUGGGGCCCGACAGCGGUGAAAGGAAUUUGCUCUUCUCCCUCACAGACACGAUCCCGCUCUCUGUGCUCAUCUUAAGCCUUCUCAUUUUCGUCCUCAUGAUUAUCUUCUGCUCGGCCGGUCUGGUGGUGUUCGUGGUGCACCGGCGGCGGCGGAGGGCAAAGAGAAAGGCGGCAGAGGAGCAGCCUCGGGAAAACACCAGCAGCAGCUCGCCCAUUCACUUGCACUACAGCAUGUAUGGGCAGAAAACCACACACCACACUCUGACGCAAAGAGCGGGGUCGGCCACCCUGUACGAGGAGAGAUCACACAGUCCCCUUGUGCAGAUCUGUCGCAACCCAACCUACUGCUCCCAGCACAAGGAGCAUGAUGCAGAUAUGGAUUACAGCCUCGACGAUCCCAACACCAAGCAUCACGUCUGCCGGAGUAUCAUGGAGAAGGAGAACACGUCUCCUCUCACGGGGAACCCCAGCUCCAAGUUCCGACCCAUGACCGGAGAGUGUCCGGCGGAGUUCGUCACUCUCGGGAACCCCAACUCCCUGUACAGGAACAUUCUGGAGAGGGAGAAAGAGCUGCAGCAGCUCGGGAUAACGGAGUACCUUAGGAAAAACAUGCCCCAACUUCAGUCUGCUGUGGACAUGCAGGCCCCGGGGCACCAGGAGGAGUUGAAGCUUAUGGAGACAAUUAUGUACUCCAGACCACGAAAGGUCAUGCUUGAGCAAACUAAGAAUGAGUACUUUGAACUUAAAGCCAACCUGCAUACUGAGCCAGACUACCUGGAGGUUCUGGAGCAUCAAACUGCAUUUAACUGAGCUUAAGCAGAGAAAAUAAAAAAGAGAGACAACUAUCUAUCUUAUGGUUGAGCCAAGUGCCUUGUCCUGUUUGCCCUCUUGUACUUUCCACAGUGUGAAAUAUAUAGAUAUAUAGAGAGAUAUAUCAUGGGCACAUCUCUUUAAGUUUAAUUGUAGCACAGAAUGUAACUGGUUACUUCUUUUUUUUGUUACCUUUCAUGUGUUGACAGCCAUGUUAUGUAGCUGGUGAAAGGUGUGUAUACUGUCUGUUGGCCAAAUGUAACUUUCGGAAGCUAUCACAGUCUGUUGAGCAGGCCUGAGUCGAAAACCCCCUCUCUGCGAUCAGCUUUUAUGAUUGAUUACAUUUUCCAUUGUGUUACCGCAGCCAAAUGAAUCGAUCCACAUAGCGCACACACACACCCACCCCCACCCCCUUCCUGACAUCCUUACAGAAUGGAGCAGAUGUCUGGAAAGAAGUGAGUGAAUUUCAAUCACCACUUGACCCAGAAUUGCUGUUUAAUCAGUCUAUCCUGACUCGGGGUAUGACCUGAUUACGCCCUCUGUCAACAUAAGCCAGCUGGAAUGCUGUACCCAGAAUGCUCAUUGUGCUGUAGAGUCAGCAAAUUGCCAACUGUACGUCGAGGGGGACAGAGAUAGGACGACAGCAGUGGCACCACACUCCUGUCAGCUGAUUGAUCCAGUUGCAGUCAUAGGGACUUUAUUUAUUUUUAUACCUUCUGGGGAUAAAAGAUUCCUUUAUUCUUGCAGUCAGUAAGUAGAGCACUUCAAGUAUAGUAUAUACACAAGUGUAAUCUUGUAAAAAAUAAAUAAAUGCAUUGCACUAAUCAAAUGCCAUAAGAUGGUGCAUGACAAUCAACAGAGUCCUGCUGAAACUUUUAGUUGUUUUUUUUUUAAUUAUUAUUAUUUCUGCCAGAAGAAAUGAGCCACUAAUGUGUAUGAUCAGCCAGUGUAUGUGUCUGUAUGAGCGUAUGUGUCGAUGCUACUAUCUUCUGUUUCAUACAAGAGCAUUCAGGAACAUUGCUCCUUCCUCACGCUGGCAUCUUCUGAACUGAUUUGGGAAAUAUUAACCUUGUUAGCACAUUCGCGGUGACUGACGAUCAUUCAAAAGCUCCGGUUUCCUGCAACCUGACGACGGACUCUGGGCAAACUUUUUUCUCGUCUGAAGCAGUGGACGGUUGACAACUGACCUUUGCAACGGGAUUUCUACUACACACACGCGUUCAUACUCUUGGAGACUCCGAGAAUUUUUUUCGAACAAUUCAUGUAAGCACACACUCUGUAGCUUUUCUACUUAACUAGAGUUAAUUAUUUAUUCUGUAUAUUUUGUAUAUACUUAUGUUCCAUUAUAUCUUUGGUUUUGUGUGCCUUCAGUGCUGUACAGAAUAUAAACAGAAGUUGUAACUGAAACAGGAAAUAAAGAAACACAAUAUUACAGAAAGUUAGAAAGGAAUUGAUGGCAUCCACAUUAUAUUUAUAAAUAUAGAGAGAGCAUUAUAUCUUGCAAGAAUUUCUACCUUCUGCUUCUCUGCAGUGCAAAAUCUCUCCACUAAUUGACACAACAGGCACCAGGAAAGCAAAAGAAUGCCAUUUUCUCUCAAUGUGUUAUCAGUCCACCACAGUGCACAUAUGUAUGUGCACGGAUGUACUUGUGUAAACAACAUUUGGUUCUUUUCCUGCUGUGUGAAUAAUUUAGCCCCCCACGAUGGCUCAGACCUAGUCCUUAAUCACACAACAGUGGCUGCGGGGUUUUUUCCUGUGCCAGCCAUGCUUUUCUGCAUGACUUUCAUUUUCGCUUUGUCUCUGGGGACAAUAGUGGACCCUCUCUAAUUCCUCCUUUUUCUAAUGGAAUUGAUGGAUCUGAUGUUUCCUUUUGUACGAACACGCAUGUAACCUCGCAGCACGAGGACUGGCGUGCAGCAUCUAAACACGGAUACCCCACCAACGUGACUAAAUAAAUGUUUAUAGCUUUG